AAAACCCUGCAGAUUACAGUGCAGUACUUAUCCGUUCAUAGAACACGCCUCCUAAAAUUGCCGCCAUUUUCAGGUUUGCACUAAGAGACCCAGGAGAGCACUGGACAAGAACUGGCGAAGACAACUUUUGGAAAAUGACCUUGAAACUUUAGAGGAGAAACUAAUCGUUGUCGAGGCGUACAAUCAGGAAGAAGCCGAAAAUGAGACUUUGAUUGAAGGCAUAGACUCUGAGAAAAUCAGGCUGUAUCGAUCCGCGAAACCACACCUUGCUAGAAGAAGUUCUCAGUGGAACGUGUGCAUGCGAAAGCCGUUCUUCGCUUUAUUGUGGAGCAUCAUUACGCUUAUGUACAUCGUGGUGUUCGUUCUGUCAGCCAUGCUGGUGGUCAGUGGGUGUUCUAAGGCAGACGGUUUGAAGAAAAUGUGGAAGUUCAUUGAGUGA